CCGCUGCCUGCUGGGGUCCCAAAACGCGGGAUGGCGACGCCGGAGCUGUGGAGCUACAACUCCACGUCCACGUGGAACCGGUCCGCGGCGGGACAGGAGCGCUUCGGCAGCCUGGAGGACAUCGACUUGCCGGCGGACGGCUCCCCGGCGCUGCGCAUCCUCAUCUCCAUCGUGUACUCCGUGGUGUGCGCCGCGGGGCUCGUGGGCAACCUGCUCGUCUUCUUCCUGAUGAAAGCGCGCCGCGGCCGCAAGAAGCGCUCCAGCAUCAACCUGUUCAUCCUCAACCUGGCCGUCACGGACUUCCAGUUCGUGCUCACGCUGCCCUUCUGGGCCGUGGACACGGCGCUGGACUUCAGCUGGCCGUUCGGCAACGCCAUGUGCAAGAUCAUCCUCUCCGUCACGGUGAUGAACAUGUACGCGAGCGUGUUCUUCCUCACGGCCAUGAGCGUGACCCGGUACUGGUCGGUGGCCUCGGCGCUGAAGGACCGGACCCGGCGGAGGGUGUGCCCGGUGCGCUGGGUGAUCGCCGGGCUGUGGGUGUCCGCCACGGCCGCGUCCCUGCCCACCGCCGUGUUCUCCACGGUGAGGAGCGUGGCCGGGGAGCGGCUGUGUCUGCUCGGCUUCCCCGACGGCCAGGCGUGGCUCGCGCUCUACCACCUCCAGAAGAUCCUCGUGGCGUUCGUGUUCCCCAUGCUCAUCGUGAGCGUGUGCUACCUGCUCCUGCUGCGCUUCGUGCGCCUGCGCAGCAUGAACAACAACCAGGUGAAGCGCCGGUCCCGGGUCACGCGCUCCGUCACCAUCGUGGUGCUGUCCUUCUUCGUGUGCUGGAUGCCCAACCACGCCAUCACCUUCUGGGGGGUGCUGGUCAAGUUCAACGUGGUGAACUGGGACCGGACCUACUACAUGGUGCACACGUACGUGCACCCGGUGACCGUGUGCCUCGCGCACACCAACAGCUGCCUGAACCCGGUGCUGUACUGCCUCAUGCGCCGCGAGUUCCGGAAGAAGAUGAAGGACCUGUUCUGGAGGAUCUCGUCGCCCACCGGGCCGAACAGCUGCCCGCUGCGGCCCUUCUCCGGCACCGUGCGCGCGGAGCCGGACGACACGCACGUGGUGAUCCCGCUGAACACCGUGGAGACGGAGAACUGCAGACUGUCCGUGCUAACGGACCAGGGGGACACGGACGCGCUGCAGAGGUAAAGCGGACUCUAAAGGACCAGAACAAGUGGGUCCAAAAACAAGACAACUCUCAGAUUUAGUUGUUUUUGAAAGAUGGAUAUUUGAAAUGAUUCUUCUCUAACUC